UGGGUUAGUUCUGAAAGUCUACAGUACAUUUGAACAAAUUCGAAAGUGAAAGAAAACUGCGACAAAUAGGCACAGCACAUUUAUUGUUCUACAGAUCAGGUCUAGCUAGAUCAGGUCUAGUUAUUCGCAUAAGUGUGAUUGAGAUAUAUGAUAAAGGAUUGUAAUCAUUAUUUUCUGAACUAAUAUUUCCCGACUUCAUUUGGAUGUCGUGAUUUUUCAGAGAUUUUACGCACGACAUGCCACCUUGCGUUAUUGAAAAAAACAGCUCGAGGGCCCUGUAUACAGUUAUGUGGUUGUACAUAUUGGCAGCUUGGGGUGUGUGUCUCUCCACUGCCACUUCUGAAAUGUUCACGUGUUCGGUACCCGUGGAUCCAGUCUCGGCACGGUUGGGACAUGUUGCCACCAUGCCAUGCUGGCUCACCCUUUCCAUGAACGCAGAGGGCCUGGAGGUGCGUUGGUACCGGCCCAAAGAUUUCGACAACCCGGUCUUGCACUACAGAGAGAGGAAGAUCCAGGAAGCAUCACAGCAGUCCCAAUACGUGGGCCGCAGCUCCCUGGGGCUCCGGGAGGUUACGUCACAAGGGCUGAAGGGAGGGGAUGUGACCUUGAAGCUGGUUAAUGUCACUCUGAGAGACCAAGGGGAGUAUGUGUGUUACGUCAGCAGUAACCAGGACUAUGGGACUGCCAGUGUCUUUCUCAAUGUGACUGUGAGGGGCACCCCUCCUCUCCUCUCAGCAGUCAGAACAGAUGCUGACUCUGUGAAUGUGAGCUGUGUUUCCCAUGGAUGGAAGCCAAGGCCCAGGCUACAGUGGUCAGAUGGGAGGCAGACUCUGAAACCUGAGAAGCUGGACUACAGCAGUGGUGCCCAUGGUCUGGUGUCUGCCCACAGCUGGGUCCUCUCUUCCCCUCCAGUGCUCCCUGGGUAUCCUGUUCUCUGGUUCUGUCUGAAGGGGAGGAGAUGGAGGGAAGAGUGGACCUACGGGACGUUGCGGCUGUACCAGAGACUUCAUCAGGACUGCUAACAGCUGUCAUCAUUUUAGCUCUGCUUCUGCUCCUGUCCGUUGUCUUCAUCGGUGUGCUCUACAAAAAGAGAGGAAACAAAUCAACACAUGUGCCUAAAGGAGAUAUAGUGGAUAUCGAGACUAUGAGACAACCUGAAGAUUUAGUGGAUAUAGAGAAUAUGAGACAAGCUGGAGUGGAUAUCACAUUGGAUCUCAAGACAGCUCCUUCCUAUCUGACAGUCGGUUCAACUGGUAAAAUUGUGAGAGACAGUAAAGCUAAUCCAUGUCCUCCGGGUGAGCAUGCUUAUAUACUUGGAACAUGUGGUUUUACCUCGGGCAGCCAUGCUUACUGGGAGGUUAGACUGGAUAAGGAGAUGGUAGGCGUUAAAGAAUCCUGGUGGGUUGGACUGGCAAGUGGGUCUGUUAAAAGACAAGGUGAUGUACCAGCCACACCUUCCAAUGGUUUCUGGUUCCUGUCCUCAUACAAAGAGAAAGGCUUACGGCUUAAUAUGGCCCCCGACAUCCUACUUCCUGCCGAUCCUAGACCUCAGAUACUAGGGGUGUAUUUUGACUAUGACCAAGGAGUACUCUCUUUCAUCAACGUAAAAGACAAUAAACUGAUUGUCACUGUGAGAGCCAUGUUCAUUGGGGAGCUGUUUCCUCUUUUUAACCCAGGUCAAGGUGACACAGCCCCUAUGACGAUAUUAGAUGCUAGCCACUAUAAAACAAAACCUGUAGAAGAGUCUGCUUCUGAGAUUGAUGCCCUUCUAGCUUCUAACCAAAGUCGCAAUCAUCAGACUUCUGAAUCCAAAGACUGUCUUUAAAUGUCUGUAAAACAAUGAAAACUACAGCACUAUAUAUUAACACAUUGUUUUAUGUAUCUAGUGCACUUCAUAUUAGGGUGUGUACAGUAGUAUUCUGCACUGGUCCAAUUCAUCAUCAUCUCCUUGCUCUUCUCCUUUGUCUGCAGUGCAAUUGGAUUUGAUUUGACUACCGUGGAAACAUAUGAUUGGUGAUGGAUUGAUGUAGUGGCUGGAUGGAUGUAGUAGCGAUAUAGUAGAUGGAUGUAGUGGAUUUAUGGCUGUAGUAGCGAUAUAGUAGAUGGAUGGAUGUAGUAGAUGGCUGGAUAUAGUGGAUGGAUGUAGUAGAUGGAUGUAUUGGAUUGAUGGAUGUAGUAGAUGGAUGUAGUGGAUUGAUGGAUGCACCGUAGUAGAGAGAUGUAGUUGAUGGAUGGAUGUAGUAGAUGGAUGUGGUAGAUUGAUGGAUGUACCGUAGUAGAGAUGUAG